AUGUCUAGCAUUUACAAGCACCACGACGACGAAGGAAACAUUCAACGUGUAGAACACACCUUAAAAGACCUCUACCAUGAUAUAGAACAUACAUUUCGUCACUACAUUGAUAUGUUUAAGCAUCAUCGUUAUGGUGGCAAGGCUGAUAAUCAAUUGAAUUUGUUUGAACCUUUUAAUACAUUCUCUCCUAUUAUUGACGUAAAUCAACGUAAGGACGAAUUCAUUGUACACGCUGAAUUACCUGGAGUUCCUAAAGAAAAUGUGAAUGUCGAGAUUGUCGGCGACAGGCGACUUGUAAUCAGUGGUGAAACACAUAAAGAAGGAAAACGCAAGAUCGGAAACGGAGUAAUUACUGAACGAUGUCACGGAAACUUUUACCAUCAAAACAUAAUAUUGAAGCGCUCAAUUAAUUUGCCUGCCGAUAUUGACAAGAAUAAAGUCCAAGCUCAUAUUAAUAAUGGAGUGCUUGAAGUCAAGCUUCCACUCAGUGGAAAAUCUGGCAUGAUUACUGCUAUUGAAAUUCAUUAG